AUGGUGGUGAGAAAAGAAACAAGCACUGUUGAACUUCGCCAUGGCUCAACGUCUUUAUGUAUGCCAUCUCCGGGAGGGAACAAGAUAAGUCAACAUACCCACUUCCUGGCACCCCCCUGUUUCUGGCACCACAAAAACGAUGGGAUCACAACCCAACCUCCUCAUUACUAUUAA